CCUUCAUCCACCUGCCAUCUCACUCUUCGAUCUCAUCAUCAAGUUACUCAUGAUACACCCUAUGAACAAGAAGCAGUGAAUGGGUGUGUGGGAAAGAGCGGCAAGAGGGCGCUUGUCAAAAUGGCCGCACGCAGCAGACCUCGUGCCGGGCAACUCAAGGAAGAGAUCGACGAGGAGCGCACGCUAUGGAGCCAGAUACGAGCCGAUGCAAAGAGAGUCGACCACCUAAUGGUCCAAUCCGAUGCAAUUAGCAAGAAGAUCGUGGAGUUGACGGAACAACAAACUGCAGUCAUAGCCCGUGGCGAAUCACCCUCCUCUAGCAUCGACGCGGACCUUGAGAAAAACCUCCGAGAAAACAUACGUCUAAGUGAAGAAAUCCAAAACCUCAUAGCCGACGAAUCAGGCGGCAACGACAUCCUCAAAUCUCUCGAAAUUCUCUCGGCUCUUCGUGACGCACACGAACCCGACCCCAUCCCUACAUCACGUGCCGCAUCAGUCGGCAAGUCCCAGCGCGAUCGCCAGACCAAGAGGAAACAUACCGAUGCACUAGACGACCGAGAAAGCAUUGCGGCAGACAGCCCUGGUGGAGGACCGAGUCCGAAGGUCAUGAUCAAUACGACGAAGGACAGGCUUAUGAAACAGGUAGGGAGCAGGGCGAGUUCUGUGCCGGCGGUUCGGGAGAGCAGUGUAAAGGUCGAAGAUGCGGAGGGCGCGGACCAAACCAAGGCCCACGACCCCAAACCCCGCCUGACAGUUCACACCGAAGUCCUCUAUCGCAACAACAAAUCGCGCUCCCUCGAAGGCGAAGGCAUCCUCUGCCGCGUGACCUCCGUCAUUGGCGAGGGCAAACAACGGCGCUACGAAAUCAUUGACUCAGAUCCCGAUCCCCCCGUCCCCGCGCAACCUUAUCGCGCGUCCGUAAACCACCUCAUUCCCAUACCACCGGCAAACACGAACGCUAGUCUUGCGGAUCUAAAGACGGGGAAACAUGUGCUUGCGCUGUAUCCAGGGACCACUACCUUUUAUAAGGCGGAGGUUGUAGCGGGGUGGUCGGCGAAAGGGAUUCCAGAGGAGUAUGUGAGGUUGAGGUUUGAAGGUGAGGAUGAGGCGGAUCGGGAGAUGAAUGUUGAGAGGAGGUUUGUUUUGCCGGAUAGGUAA